UAGAUUAUAUAAUCUGGUGCCCCACUCCACGUGAUUGAAAUCAACUUCCAAGGUUCCUACUUGUUGCUUCGACCUCAAUGCCCUCCCUUCCUUCACAUUGUUAACCUUGAACUAAUCGUUAUUAUUAUGUUUUGCUAUGUCCCAUUAACUGACUCAUCUCUUCUUAGGACUCUUUAAUUGAAUCAAAUGACAACAUACGUAUACGCACAAUCCUGCUGCCGUAUCUGAUCUCGAGUAGUCAAGAACUUCACUGCGAUUGAGGCUAAAAUCCUCAUUCGUUUUCAAAAUGCGAACUUCGUUCAGGAAAUCUUUGGGAAAAUUAUUUUGGUCUUCCCAGACUAAAUCAACUUAACGCCGCAUGAUUGCCCACCAGGUGUUCAUGUUUAACUGUCAAACUUAUAUGAAAAUGAAAAUAAUUCUGGCUGUCCCCACACGCCAAACAAAAUUGGAUCCAAUAUGUAAAUGAAAUAUUGGAUCUAAAAUGAUGUGGUUGAGCAUUUCUCACCUACAUGCAUUCAUUGCACUCGGAUCCAUCUCCGCUUGCAAAACAAACCCCGAAUUCUAUAAAAUAUUGAAUAGGGGCAUAAAUCACAUGAAUUAUACAUUUCCAAGGUUCAUAUAUGUGUAAUUCAUGUGAUAUAUACCAACUCCUCACCUCGCAACUCAUACAUGGGUUGCAAGCGUCUAAAAAGCAAAAACAAAAAUUCUAAAUUCUUUCAACGAUUUCCGUACGAAAUGAAACUCCAAAAAAAAACCAUACAUAUAACUAACCCUACGGCCGUCCUUUACGUUUUGGCGGCUGGCUAUGUAUGGCGCAUCAAUGCUACUUAACUACCUUGUAGGUUUAUUAGGCCUUUUUUUUUUUUUUUUCUCUUCUUUAUCUUUGCUCUUUCCCUAUGUUAUCCACUGCCUCUCCAUCAUUUUUAGCCGUGUGAGCGAGCUAUCAAAUCAGUCACUUCCAAUUUAUUCAUUUCAAUUCAAUUCUUACACACCCACCUCAAUGAUAAAUUAUCUCCGUGCGAUUCCCCCUUUACCUCCCACGAGAAGCAAACUUCCAAACCACAAAACGAUAACAGUAUGCGUGAAGCAUGCAUGAAAGGAAGAAGCGAAUCAACCCCUCAGCAUGGUGCGUGAUAUAUCUCCCUUUCCCCCUUAAACCUUACGUGCCCCCGACCAGCGACACUUCACAUUACUUCAACCGCCAAGUCUCUCCCAACCUUUCGAUCUCAACCGCGCGCUUCUCAUCUAGCGACACUCUUCCGGCCUCCAAAAUUGCAGUGGUGGCGAUCGUGUUCUUAAGGGUAGGUAGCCCACGUUUAUCGAGCUCAUCCAGAGUCACCCGACCGUCGUUCAACGCGCUUACGGCAUCUACAAACUUCUCAAAACUGAUAUAACCGUAACCUGUCUGACCGCCGAAGUUGCCUUCUUCGUCCGGUGCAUAGCGCAUGUAGAAUCUGUGAAAAGAGAAAAUAAUCCAUUGAGUUUGUGGGUCUGAACGAUUAUUUCUUUUUAAUUUCUUUUCGCAGCUUCUUCCUUGCCUGAUGAGGUUGGGUGGAGCGUUGCGGGAUUUUUUCAAAAAAUAUUAUUAUUGAUUGGAUGUUUUUGAGAUGGGGUGUGCCGUGGGGGCGGAGUAGGACAUUGUGGAACUUACGGAUUUACCCAGGCGACAUUACCCUGGCUAUCGUCUGUCACAUCAUAACCACGCUUGGCUUGAUCGAUUCGAAUCUCGCCUUUCGAGCCCAUCCCUAAAAUUUUCGGAUUUAUGUUAGUUCCAAUUGGUCACAAAGGCUUUCCCUGCCGAAUGCGGUGAAAUAAAGGCCUUCUGUGGCGCCGUCCAGCUCGCCGUAUAAACUCCCGUGGCAAUCUUGUCCGGCUCACCGUUCUUGUUCCAUUCGACUAAGAGUGUGAUCGUGUCCUCUGUCUCAGGCACACAGCCCAGUGCCACCGCGGCACCUUUCGAUGCCAUCGCCGUCACCUUCACCGGCGAAUACUCCGGCACCAUACUCUCGCAGAUAUCCACAUGGUGAGAGUUCAAGUAAUACGAGAUGUCGCUAUCGCGGCCCGCCCAGGCCUUGAACGUCUCCAGCUGACUCUUCGGCUGGCUCAUGUAGCUGUAGAAGUAGUUGAAGUCACCUAGGGUGCGUGCCUUGGCGCGUGCGUCAGAGUAAGCUGGAUCGAAGCGCUUGUGGUGCUCCACGAAGACGAAGACGCCGUGCUUGCGCGAUUCCUCGAGGAGGUGGAGGUGGUCUUUCAACAGUUUUGUGGCGGGUUUGGUAAUCAAGACGUGGAUCUUGCGCUGGAUGGCAUAUAGAGCGAUGGGAUAAUGGGUGGUGUCUGGGGUGAAGAUGAUGACUGCAGACCCGGGGGGCAGGUCAUCUAUGGCGGCCUUGUAGGCUUCUGGAUCCACUUGGUCGUCUGCGGGAAAGGAUUUAAAAGAAACGUCUAGGUUGUUAUAGACCUGCGAGAUGUUUUUUUGGAGGUGCUGUUCUGUUCCACAAUGUUUUAUUAGGAUGUGACUGGCGAUGUACGACGUCAAUCAUACCUAGACCAUCACCUGGACUAGAUGUAGAAGCGGCUCAUUCAAUCCGUAUGGAAAGUAGACUCACUAAUUGCAGGGAACUUGGACCCGGAGACGCCCACCAUGCUCAAGCUACCGACUUUACCUCUCCUGCGCAAAUCGAAGAGGGUCAAGCCCACGACGCCAACUUUUUUGUCUGAACCUGAUUCGCAUCCGCCUACGAAGCCAGUGGUAUAUUCUCCGGUUCCCACCUGCGAUAGGAUACAUAGUUAGAAAUAUUUUGCUUGAUCAACCGUCAUAUUCGAAAGAUCAGCCUCACCAUCAGAACACUUGGAGGGGCCAUAUUUGCUCUUGUCGGGUGUGUAUGCAUGUAGAUCGCAGGAUUUUUCAAUGAACAGGUAGCAAUUGUAGCAAUGAGGUAUGGAGUUAGGGAGUGGGAGAAGGAGAACAAGGAGAAAGAGCAAAGCAAAUAGGAGGGGCUAUAUAGCCAGUCAUAUGCAGGUAAAGACAGCGGAAUAUAGCGAAAAGUCCCGCACAGAACCGCGUCGCGGGUAAAACUAUAUAUGGGAUAAAACAAGCAAGCAACAGCAGCACAAAGGAUAUGCCAACAGCGGCCAACUUCUGCAAAAUCUGUAUCUUAUAUUCUUGCUUUCCGUUCCUUGCGCUGUACAUACAAGCUGACAGAUCUGUAAGGUUUAGCCCUACCGGACAUUUACCCCUCUUACAUCAUAACCCAUGAAAUACGGAGUACUUCCAUCCAUGAUCUCCCGCUAACUACCAAGGUGGUUGGUUUAUUGGUGAAACUGCCCCAAAGAAUAAUUGUCGACCGGUUUAAGCCAUGAUGAAACUUAAAACAAAGUCAACAUAACCCCUUUAGGUAGCACAAUGAAGCGGUUGGAAGCUACCUGGCUUUCUUAAACCGCCUUGAGCUUUUAGCCGGAUUGAUUGCCAACUCCACCGAGGCGAUACAGAGCUGGGAUAGUCUUUCUUGUUGCAGUACAGAAAAAAUAUAUGCAUCCCUUAGUUCUCAUGCAAAGGUGCGCUAGACCUGCAAAUGCCCCGCUUAAGAUUUAGGUCGAGAAUGGGAGAAGCAAUGCGCCUAUAUGCUUGCCUCGGAAUGAGCGUCAGAUGAGUGUUUGGACGACAUAACGGUUUCGUGCGAUCGUCCAGCUUUGCAAUGUUGGAUGCAGGGCAAUUUUAGACAUAAACAUCCUUGGAAGGCUCAAAGGGCAACUUUUACCUGGUCAUGUGUAAUGGAGGACCUGUCAGAUGGAAGCUCAAAAACCAAAAUCUACUCGACGACAUUCAGUAGAUUCUACCCUCCCAGUCAACCGCGGAAUGCUCAAAGCUCUCUCUACCUCCAACAUUCGCCUUCUGAGAUUAGCACCUCCUGUCAAACUAAACCAGGGCUACCUGCAAGGAUAUCUGUCCCGCAAUGAACCAACCAAUAUCAUAGUCCAGAAGCCAACUUCACUGAAGCAGGCCUGCGGCAAACUACCCAGCUACACCCGAACAAUCUCCAGCAAACAUGGCGUAACAGCAAAGCUCUCAACCCCUGCACGUCAACGACAUUUCUGAACCGGGGACACACUGAACCCAGCAUCUGCGAGUAUGUUGCAAGAAGCUAACCAUGCCGCUGUGACGUGUUGGAGAAUUUCUCACGCUUCAUGCACCGAACACCUGACCCGACGCUUCUUGUGAAACUUGAAUCAACAGGUGCGAGCCAGCCAGAGACCGCGGAUGGCUCUGUGCAUGUUGGAACGGUGCUUGGGAUGAACCGGGCCUUACGCAUCCAUGUCCUGUGUAGAAGAUGGGAGUUGCGGGCGUGGCGGUUGCAUAGGGGUUGGAGGUGUGGAGGAGGUCGAGCCGAGCCACAUGUCCUGCUAGCAAUAUGAGGAGUCGCAGCAUACAGGACUAAGGAGCUUCCGCCUAGACUGCUGUCAUAGUGAAGAGAAUGGUUCGAGUCGGCGACAAAAGUCUAACUAUAUCCAACACCACUAACUUGAGCUAAUAGCACAGAUACUGAUCGGGCUUGGACCUUAUUCGGUCACAUAUACUCCGUAGAGGUGUUACAAUAAACUUGAUUUUUAAGAAACCACUCACGCAAGAAUUAGAUCAAAAGACGCAGUCAACGACUUGCAGGUGUGUGAUGGUUAUUUCGCUGGACGAUAUAUUGGAUAAUUGCCUGCUACUUACUUGGGGAGAUCUUGGUUGAUUGAUAUGGCAGUUUUCGCUUGAAGAGGAGGAGGGUGCUCUUAGUUUUUUGAGGAUUUUUUAUAGAUGAUACGAAGUAUUUCCGGUUGGCUACGAGAUAUGGAUGACGACGGUCCAAGGGUUCGAUAUCGAUAUGACUACUGAGUGCAUUUACAUAAAAGCGCAUGAACAAACAGAUCUCUCCAGCCUCUCCCGCCCAUGCAUCCCGGCCCCUCCCGCUCCUCCCGGUAAGAAGGGCCUGCAUUCUUCCGUUCCUAAAAUUCUCCUACACGAUAUAGAUGGAUGCGAGGUUUAAGUAAUAAUAUAUAUAUAUAAAAAAAAAAAAAGACAAAAUAAAUGUUGCGUCUCCUU